AUGACUGAAUCAAAUAACCCUGGUCAGGAACCCACAACAGUCAAGGAUGAUACAAAGACUAAACAGCCAAAGAAACAAGCUAACAAAUCUGAUAAACAAGAAUUACCAAGACCUUAUAAAUGUCCCAUUUGUGAUAAAGCAUUUCAUAGAUUAGAACAUCAAACAAGACAUAUAAGAACUCAUACUGGUGAAAAGCCUCAUUCAUGUACUUAUCCUGGUUGUUUCAAGAAAUUUUCAAGAUCUGAUGAAUUAACAAGACAUUUAAGAAUUCAU